CGGUGGGUGCUGAGCCUCAGUCCGCAGUGGACAAGCCUCUCCUGCAGGAACAAGCCGCCUCGGACCCUCCAGCUUCAUCUCCGGCUUGGUCCAGUCCUCUGAUGUCAGAAAUGUCCCACGAUGGUGACUUCAUUCAUCUGUAGGUCUUUCGUACCCUUUGGGACCCUGAUCGUCUUCGCCUGUUUGAGCUACGUCUUUGCAGAUAACCUUGAAGAGGUGAGCGUGGAGGCAGGAGAGGACGUUCUCCUGAAGUGUCAGGGUCCCAGGAACUCCGACAUCAUCGUGGUGGAGUGGCAGAGACCAGACAUCAAGAUGGAGGACUACGUUUUGUUCUACCGAGAGGGACGUCCCUACGAGAGCUACCAGCAUCCAUCCUACCGCGGUCGGGUGAGGAUGGUGGAGCCACAGAUGAAGGACGGGAACGUGUCCAUCAUCCUGUCCCACACCACGGUUAAUGACAGCGGUACAUAUCGAUGCAGCGUCUCGGUAAAAGGACCCGCCCAUUGGAGGAGAGCCCCCUCUGUAGUCAUGAACACCAUCAGGCUGACCGUUACACUCUCAGGUCAUAAAGAGGACGGAGGAAAGGAUGGAGGGGGUGGAGUUACAUCCUUGGCAGUAACACUUCCGGUUCUGGUCGCUGUGCUGCUGCUGUCUGCUGCUGCUGUGUUGAUCUCCAGGCGCAGGACUUCCUGGAUAAAAGAUGAAGGUCUGUUGGUCUCUCGUUGCUGUCCUCUCCACCCCAAACGGCCCCUCCCUGACUGAGGUUCUAGUUCUGGUUCUGGAUCUGUUGGAGGUUUUUCCUUACUGUUUAAAGGGAGUAUUUUCUUUCCACUGUUGCCUCUUGCAGCUCAGGAAGGAGGAUUAGACUGAAGUCAAGAUUUGAUGCAGUCUGUUGCUUUACUAGGCUAUAAAGUUAAGCUAUUAUUUAUUAGGACUUGGCUGGAACUGGUUUGUCUGUAAAGUCAAACCAGUGUGAGAUGACGCUGUGAAGCGGUGCUAUACAAAUAAAGCUGAAUUGUUUAGAAAUGUUUUGAAUUUUCAGUUCAAAAUAAAUCUAAUAAAAAAACUCAUGUUCUUAAUGCUUUAGUCAGUCACAUUUAUAUAAAGAUAUAUUUAGCUUUAAAUGUGUGAAACCUUUAACUUCCACCACUGAGCUUCUGCAGAUGACAUUCUCUAUUUAACUGAAGUGUUUAAUGUAUUUUUAUCCAAUUUGUUUUUAUGAUUUUAUU